GUCCCUCAGACACAGCGGAUCACCGAUCACGGAAAGAGCCUAAGAUCUCGGCUUGGUCAUGUGAUCAGCUGUGUCCAAUCACAGCUGAUCACAUGGGACAUGUACACUGAUCAUCAGGGCACUGAUGAUCAGUGUGCCCUGAUGAUCAGUGUAGCCCCAGCAGUGCUACCUGUCAGUGUCCAUCAGUGCCUCAUGCCAGUGCCACAUAUCAAUGCCCAUCUGAUCUGCCUUUCAGUGUCACCCAUCAGUGCCAGUCAGUGCCACCUAUCAGUACUGCCAAUCAGUGCCACCUAUCAGUGCCAGUCAGUGCCGCCUAUCAGUGCCAGUCAGUGCUGCCUAUCAGUG